AUGAAUAUUUUAACAAAAUCUCAUGGUGAGCAUUUACCUCCACCAUCAUUUCUGUUUGGUACCGGACCAUCAUCAACAACUACAACCCCGUUGUCAUCAAAAAAUGUUGCUGCUGCUAUAACAAGUAGUUUGUCAGCUGAAGUUGGUUCGAUAGCUGAUUUCUUUUUACAACAUUCCACAGCAGCUAAUAAUUUACAUGUAAGUAUUGUUGAACAAAAUCAAGAACAAGAAGAUGAAACUAAUUAUGUUCCUGCGUUACCAUCAAUAAAAAAUACACAAGAACAACAUACUGAACAAUCUCCUGUUAUAUCGCCAAAUCGAGAGCAACUGUCAGAUGAUGAUUUAGAUAAUCUUAAUGAUUUAAAUACAUCGGGUAAUAAGGAAAAACUCGGUCAUAGACGAGUAGAUGAAGCAGGAAAUGUGACAUAUAAAAAGUGUUCAACAGAUGAAUUGAUGAAAUCUUUACAAAUUGGUUUAACAUAUGCAUUAGGUAAACAUCAUCAACCACAACGACAAGUGUUAUUACAAGAUUUUCAACAAAUUGAAUAUGUUGAUUUUCCACAUGAAGGAAGUAAUGUUACACCAAGUCAUUCAUAUCCAGAUUUUCGAUUAAAAACAUAUGCACAAACAGCAUUUCGAUUUUUUAGAAAUGCCUUUGGUGUUGAACCAUCAUCAUUCAUGGUAUCAUUAUGUUCAAAUGAAUUUUAUGAAUUACCGAAUGCCGGUGCCAGUGGUAGUAUAUUUUAUACAACAUCCGAUGAUUUAUAUAUAAUAAAAACUGUCUCAAAAAAAGAAGCACGUUUUCUUCUAAGUCUACUACCUGGAUAUUAUAUGAAUUUAACACAAAAUCCAUUUACAUUAUUACCAAAAUUUUUUGGUCUCUAUUGUUAUCAAAGUUCAAAUAAAAAUAUUCGAUUUGUUAUUAUGAAUAAUUUGGUACCAUCAAGUGUAUAUAUUCAUGAAAAAUAUGAUUUAAAAGGUUCAAUUUAUAAACGUAAAGCAUCCGAAUUUGAACGACAAAAACCAAUACCAACAUAUAAAGAUAAUGAUUGGAAAGAGAAACAUAAACAUGGUAUUAUUUUAGAACCAUUUUUUUAUGAUCAAUUAAUACAAACAAUUCAUGAAGAUGUUAGAGUAUUAGGUAGUUUUCAAAUAAUGGAUUAUUCUUUGCUUCUUGCUAUCCAUAAUAUAACUGAACAUAUGCAACAAUCUCAAAAUAAUAAUCGAUCUAAAACUAAUACUCUUGAACUACCAUCUCCACCAUGUUUACCAUUAUCAUCAAUUGAUUAUAAUGCUCAUCCACAAUUACCACAUUUACCAACAUAUAUUCAGUAUCUUCGUGUCAUUGAAUUUAUUCGACAACAAGAUCCCACAACACCAACACAACAUGAUAGUAGUGAUACAGGAGAGAUUGAAAUAAAAGUUCAAAAUCAACCAUCACCACCACCACCACCAGAUACGAUAAGUAUAAAAACAAUAAAACCUCUUUGGACGAAUAAUAACAACAACAACGAAGAUGUAAAUAUUAAUACAAUAUCGGCAAUUGCUUUGCGAGCAACAAGUGCAAGUCCAACAAAUUUUGAUCGAACAUCAUCAGCAACAACAAACGGAAUUAGUACACCAUUUCAUUUGCCAAAUGCAAGCUCAACAGAUUCUUGGUUUAACAAACAAAAUCUCUCAAGAUUAGCCAUGGCUGGAAUUCCCGCGGUUAAUGAAAAAGGUGAUCUACUUUUAUUAUAUGUUGGAAUUAUUGAUAUUUUACAAAAUUAUCGAUUAAGAAAGAAACUUGAACAUGCAUUUAAAUCAACAUUAGUCACAAAAGAAGAAGUAUCUGUUUGUAAUCCGAGUCAUUAUGGUAGUCGUUUCGUGAGAUUUUUCUCUCGCAGUGUAUUUCGUAAAGGUGGAGCAAGUGGUAGCACAAUUAUGUCUGAUUCACAAUCGAACAUGGAUCAGGUCACAUUGCACAGUAGCAGUAUAACAUUCAAAACAAAUGAAUUGGCAAGAUUUGCUGAUGGAACGGCUACUGCACAAGUUGAAUAUCGUGAAAAAGCAGCAGCUGCUGGAAGAAUACCAACUAAUCAUUUACGUCGAGAAUUAGGCUUGACUGAUCAUGAAAUAUUAACAGCGAGAAUGAUUGAUCGUGCAAUAAGACCGAUGUUUCCUAACGGAUAUUACUAUGAUACCCAAGUGAGAAUAAAAACUUCUGCUUCUUUAUAUACAUCGGAUAUACCUUGGGAUGGACCUAUUGGUGCUAUUCGAACUGGCUAUAUUAAUGGAGAAUUUAUUGCCAAUCCAACGCGUCAGCAAAUGCAAUUGAGCGACUUAAAUUUGGUCAUGUCAGUGAAUCAUAGAAGAGAAAUUGUAAUGAUUGAUGCAUCAGCAAAUCGUUUAUCGGACGAUAAAUUUUUAUCAGCAUUGCAAUUUGGUAUCGACUCGUGUCAAUCAAUAAUUGAUCAAAUACGAAUGCUAGCCUCAAAACCAAAACGUCAGACAAUUAUACAAACAAUUGAUCCGAAAUUGAUAUCUCUCAUUCAUUCAUUAUCCUACACAAGAGUAGAAGAAAUAUUUUGUAAUUCAAACCUUGAUAAAAUUCAGCGGGAUAAUGCUGUUAAUGUUGUACGAACAGAUGUGCUUGACACGUGUCUGAAACGUUUACAAGCAACAAUAGCAGUAAAUAAGGAAGAAAUAGUAUCAGAAUCAGUUGAACAAACAUCGAUUGAAAAAUCGAUUCGAACCCCAUCAACGGUGAACACAACGCUUAUUCAACAACAAUUAGCUGAUGCAUUUUCUUAUGUUGUUAAACAAAUAUUUCGUUCGUUAAUUUUUGAUCGUUCAAUCCGUUGUGAUGGUCGUACAUUUACUCAAUUACGUCCAAUUAAAUGUAUAGUUGAUCUUUAUUCACCAUUACAUGGUUCUGCUCUUUUUCAACGUGGUCAAACACAAGUAUUGUGUACUCUUUCAUUUGAUUCACUCGAUUCACAAUAUCGAUAUCAAGAUUAUUCAUGGCGAUCGGGUGUCAAACGAAAACCAUUUUUAUUACAUUAUGAAUUUCCACCGUAUGCCACGAAUGAAACGGGACGAGCAUAUGGUCGAACGGAUAGACGAGAACUGGGACAUGGUGCUCUAGCAGAAAAAGGCGUUGAGCCAAUUAUACCACACCAAUUGCCAUUUAUGAUACGUUUAACAUCCGAAGUUCUAGAAUCAAAUGGUUCAUCGUCAAUGGCUUCAGUGUGUGGAGCGAGUUUAGCACUGAUGGAUGCUGGCGUAUCGAUAAUUGAACCAGUGGCCGGUGUAGCAAUUGGACUUGUUUCAAAACAAAAUCCAGAAAAUAGUGCUAUUAGUGAUUAUCGGGUAUUAACUGAUAUAUUGGGUAUUGAAGAUUAUAUGGGUGAUAUGGAUUUUAAAGUGGCUGGUACAAAAGAUUCUCUAACAGCUUUACAAGUUGAUAUUAAAGGUAUGCAAGGUUUACCAUUGAAAAUUGUUACCGAAGCACUUUUAGCUGCCAAGGAUGCUCGAUGUGAAAUAAUUUCAAUCAUGAAUCGUACAAUUCAUGAACCACGUUCACCUCGAAAAUCAAAUACACCAGAAUUAGAAAAUUUAAUUAUUCCUAUACAUAAACGUGGACGUUUUCUUGGUGUAGGUGGAUUAAAUUUAAAAAAGAUACUUGUUCAAACGGGCGUUACUAUAUCGCCUAUAGAUGAAACAACGUAUUCAAUAUUUGCUCCAAAUAAAGAUGCAUUAACAGAAGCAAAACAAAUAAUUAAUGAUCUACUGGAAGAAAUAAAAGAACCAGAAUUAGAAUUUGGGGGUAUUUAUACAGCAAAAAUUGUUGAAAUAAAAUCGAAUGGUGUUAUUAUACAACUACAUCCAAAUAUGCAACCAGUAUUGUUACCAAAUUCCCAAUUAGAUAGACGAAAAAUUGAUCAUCCAAGUGUAUUAGGUUUUCAAACUGGUCAAGAUAUACAAGUAAAAUAUUUUGGACGUGAUCCAGUCAGUGGUAGCAUGCGUUUAUCACGAAAAAUAUUAUUAACUGCUGGAGUUGGACCGGUCAAAAAUUUUAUGCCAAAAGACGAUGAAAAACGUCAACAAUAG